AUGAAGUGCAAUCUUAGGGCAAAGUAUGCUAACAUCAUAAAAGAAGCUCUCGCAUUAUUCAAGUCCUAUUGCAUCACAUGCCAAGAAAAGAGGAAGCGAAAUAAGACUGCUGGGGUUGUUGUGAAGCCUCUCUUGAGCAGUGAAUUCAACUCCCGUGGCGAAGUUGGCCUUGUGGAUAUGCAGUCAUUGCCUCAGGCUCAGUUCAAGUGGAUCAUGGUCUACCAGUGCCACCUCACCAAGUCUGCCAUGCUUCGAGCACUUACAUCAAAGACAGAUGGUGAAGUUGCCUUUCAACUGCCUGACAUGUUCCUUCUGUUUGGAGCUUCUGCCAUACGAGCCAAUGGUGACAUCAAGGACAUGUUGCAUGCAUGGAAGGCAGACAAGACACACGAUUGGCCUUCGUUUUGUUCAACACCAACACGCUCAUCAUUCCGGCAUCAAGCGCACUCCAUUCAAGGCACUGUUUGGCACUGA